UUCGAUAUCAUAAACAACACCCCUUCUUCUUCAUUGCACAGUCCUUUCCCUCGCAGUCGCACACACAUACUUUUCUAUAUUUAUUUUCAUACAUCAUAUCAAAAUUCCCAGUGACAAUUCGACCCAAUCUCCUGUCUGUUGCCUCAGAGUCGCAUCGUACCAUCACGAACGAAGCUUUUGAAUCUCAACUCGGAUCGACGGCGGAAGGAAAGAGCAAAGCUUUCAGUUUUGAAAAUGAUUUCUACAGUUGUUCUUUCAAAAAUAGAAUUGAUUCGCCGCCAAUUUCGGUAAGAUAGUUAAGAAAGUGAUUCUAAACCCUUCAGCUAGGAGGAAAAAUGGGGUUUCAUAGUAUUUAUGUUCUUUGAUUGAGUUAAGCAUAUUCUGGCUGGGUUGGAACAGAAUCAGAUUGCUCUAAGCUUUCACAAAUUCGGUCUGGAUGUCGGAUUUCUUGGUGUAGCCGUCGGUAGAUCCGUUCUAUACUGGCUAAUUUUGACAAUGGCCCUAAAACCCAAGCCUCGUACCAUUCUCGAAACCCUUGCUGAAUCCGCCGUAGCCCUUGAUUCUACCAACUCGCCUCUCAAAUCUCUUGUCAUCUCUAAAUUACCUGACGGCGGUCAAACUGUAAUUUAUCUCGGCACUCUCUCCGGCGCACUGUUACUCUACUCGCUCCGAAUUCCCCCAAGCGCGCCAGCCGAAAUCGCUUUCCUCAGGCGUGUCAGUAUUCCUCGCUCAGUGAAUGCUAUCCAUCCUCUUGUGCGCAUUGGAAAGAUUUUGGUGGUUUCUGAAGGGUUCUUGUUUCUGUUUGACUCUGGAUUACUGGAGCCUGCUAAGAGGAUUAGCCUCUUUAGAGGUGUUACAUCUUUGUCCUGUAAAUUCCGAACCCGAUAUGGUUACAUCAACGGAAGCUCCCAAAAUAAUUUUGAAUAUGCUGAAAAUGGGAAUGUUGAUAGCAGCAAUUUGGUUGCAAUUGGAAUUGGGAAAAAGUUGGUGUUGGCAGAGUUGAUUUUGAGUGGAUCCUUGGUAAUUCAGAAGGAAAUUAAUGGGGUUCUUGAUGGGUCGAUCAUUAAUUCUUUGUGGGUUGAUGACUCUAUAUUUAUUGGCACCAAUUUUGGAUAUUAUUUGUAUAAUUGUGUGAGCGGGAGAUGUGGGUUAAUCUUUUCACUGCCAGAUUCUACUGUUUUGCCGCGGAUGAAAUUGUUACCAAAGGAUUUGAGGGUUUUACUAAUGGUUGAUAAUGUAGGUAUUAUUGUGGAUAUGGAGGGGCAGCCUGUGGGAGGGAGCUUGGUAUUUAAGGAGGCUCCCGAUUCAUUGGGAGAGAUAAGGAGUUAUGUAGUGGCAGUAAGGAAUUCCAUGGUGGAGUUGUAUCAUAAGAAAACAGGAUGCUGUGUUCAGAGGUUUGUGGUUGGGGAUGGAAGUGGGGUUACGUGGAUACUGGCAGAUGAGGAGAGUGAAAAUGGGGAGCUUGUUGCUACUGCAACAAGCUCAAAGCUUAUAUGCUAUGGAAAAGUUUCUGGAGAAGAACAAAUCAAAGAUCUGCUCAGGAAAAAAAGCUUCAAGGAAGCCAUCUCCUUGGUUGAAGAGCUUGAGAGCGAAGGUGAAAUGACAAAGGAGAUGCUUUCUUUCAUCCAUGCCCAAGUUGGUUUCCUGUUGUUUUUUGAUUUGCAUUUCAAGGAAGCAGUUGACCACUUCCUGCUUUCAGAAACUAUGCAGCCUUCUGAACUUUUCCCCUUCAUAUUGCGUGAUCCAAAUCGCUGGACCCUAUUGGUUGCGAGGAACAGAUAUUGGGGCUUGCAUCCGCCUCCAACACUCCUUGAAAAUUUAAUAGACGAUGGCCUGAAAGCUAUUCAAAGAGCUGCUUUUCUAAAGAAGGCAGGUCUGGAGACUGCUGUGGAUAAUGAGUUUCUUCUAAACCCACCUAGUAGAGCAGAACUAUUAGAAUCUGCAAUAGAAAACAUUAUAAGAUACUUGCAAUCUUGCCGUGGAAGAGAACUGGCCUCUUCGGUAAAGGAGGGAGUUGACACUCUUCUGAUGCAAAUGUAUAGAGCUCUAAACCGUAUUGACGACAUGGAAAGUCUUGCAUCCUCUGAGAAUAGCUGUGUGGUGGAGGAGCUAGAAGCACUACUUACAGAAUCCCGGCAUUUACGUACACUUGCUUUCUUGUAUGCUAGUAAGGGGAUGAGCGCUAAGGCUCUUUCUAUCUGGCGUAUAUUGGCAAAAAAUUAUUUGCCAAGCAGCUAUAGCAAAGAUCAGUACGAGGCAAAUGAUUUACAAGGUAUCUCUGGAGCGUUCACAUUUGGUCGUGAAACUGCUGCCUUGGAAGCUUCUAAAAUUUUGGAGGGGUCUUCUGAUCAAGAUUUGGUUCUACAGCACAUUGGGUGGAUUGCAGAUAUCAGCCAGGUGCUUGCUGUUCAAAUUCUGAUAUCAGAGAAACGAGACAAUUUAUUAUCACCAGAUGAAGUAAUUGCUGCAACUGAUCCCGAAAAAGUGGAAAUUCUUCAAAGAUAUCUUCAGUGGUUGAUUGAAUCCCAAGGCUCCGAUGAUCCUCAGUUCCAUACAGCAUAUGCUCUAUUGCUUGCUAAGUCAUCCCUUGAAAUUGAGAUGAGUGAUGCUGUGGUUGGAAUUCCAAAAAAUGGAAUGGAAGUAUCUGAAAUUGGAAGGAGCACAAUGUUUGAUAUCCCUGUUAGGGAAAGACUACAAACCUUUUUACAGUCAUCAGAAUUGUAUGAUGUGGAAGAGGUUCUUGAUAUGAUUGAAGACUCAGAGCUAUGGCUAGAAAAGGCGAUUCUGUAUAGGAGGCUUGGUCAGGAAACGUUAGUGCUGGAGAUUUUGGCCUUGAAAUUGGAGGACUGUGAAGCUGCCGAACAGUAUUGUGCAGAGAUUGGUAGACCAGAUGCUUAUAUGCAGUUACUUGAGAUGUACUUGAAUCCCAAGGAUGGUAGAGAGCCCAUGUAUAAAGCUGCUGUCCAUCUUUUCCACAAUCAUGGGCAACUUCUGGAUUCAUUGCAAGUAUUGGAGAGAUUAUCUCCAGAUAUGCCCCUCCAGCUCGCCUCAGACACACUAUUAAGAAUGUUGAGAGCUCAGCAUCACCACUAUCGUCAAGGGCAAAUUGUGCAUAACCUUUCCCGUGCCUUGGAUGUUGAUGCAAGCCUGGCAAGGCUUGAAGAAAGGUCACGCCAUGUGCAAAUUAAUGAGGAAAGUGUUUGUGAUUCUUGCCAUGCUCGUCUUGGUACUAAACUAUUCGCCAUGUACCCCGAUGACACCGUUGUUUGUUACAAGUGUUAUCGGCGGCAGGGCGAGUCCACAUCUGUCGGUGGUCGCGACUUUAGGAAAGAUGUUUUGGUAAAACCCGGUUGGCUGGUGACACGAUGAUGACUCUUUUAAGCAUUAAGUGGCAAAUUGGCAAGCUUUAUUGUUAUUAUUAUUAUUCAUGGAUGAUACUUGAACAUUCGAUCGAUGCAAACGAUGUCCAGAGGAAGCAGGUGACAUGAUUGAAGGAAAUCAUAUGGGCUAUGGGGGCAGAAAUAAUUGAGAAACAAUAGUCUCUCUCUCUCUUAACACUAGACUAGAAUAAGGAAGGAUGUUUGUACAUAGAAACAUGUGUUGUAUUGAGGUUAAUUUGUUGGUUGCCAAAGACACUAAAACAUCUUCAUUUUGUAUAUUUCUAUGUAAGAAAUACAAAGACUUAGCCUUUUGUUUUGGACAAUGGUGCCUCUUUUUUGUUUUUUAGUUUUUGUAUUAUUUAAUACAAGAUCAUUGUUUA